AUGGUCCUCCGUCAUAUCACCCUGUCCGUAUCAUUAGAACCUGAUCACUUCCAUGCUGAUACCCUAGACCAACGAGACGUGAUGCCAGAAACAACCAGCUACGAAGCACUACCCAACGAGCCAACAUUUACGCAACUCCUCAAUGUCUCCCGCCAGGUAAACCAUGUUAUUGUCCAUGAUCCGCAAACCGGAGUGGAAGCGGACUAUGGCCAAUUUCUUGCCGACAUGCUUCGAACACGCGAGGACUUACUACGAUCGCUUCCCGAGUCCCUUUUGAAGGGGAAAACCAUCCUCGACGACGAGAAUCCGUACAUCUUCCUUCUCUCGGAAGGGAACUACGAAUUUAUAGUCGGUGCAUUUUCCAUUCUCACUGUUGGGGGCGCAUUCGUGCCAUUAGCGACAAGGAUUCUACCAGAAGAAGCGUUGCAUUUUUCAUCUCGCUGUGGCUCAGCAAUCAUCCUAGCGAGCAAGGAGUUCUUGCCCUUAGCGCAGGAAAUUCAACAGCACGCCUUUUCUCAUGGUCUCCACAUUACCGUAGUCGAGAUUCGCGUCAAGACUUCGCCUUCCGUCGACGUCUUCGCCUCUUUUCUCCGGAUUGAUAUGGACGUAACGAUUCCACCACACCGGCCCAGUAUGCUGUUGUUUACAUCUGGCACGAGCGGACCGCCCAAGGGCGUUGUACACACCCGCAGCCUGUUCUACGAUAUUCAUACUACUAGCGGGCCCAGUCAGGUCUUUCUCAGUCACCGGCACCACCUGUGGAUUGGGGGCGCGAUGCCUCUGAUCAGGCACCCAUUAGCGGGGGCACGACUGGAAAUCACUAAGCCUGAUCCCGGAAUUCUGUGGGAACGCCUCCGCAUGGGUGGGGUGACCAUCUUAGCUGGAACCCCGCGCCUCUGGAGCCAGAUGAUGGAAUACUUCCUGGACCAUCUGAAGAAGCUCCCGGCCUCAGAACGCGAUCCAUACCUAUCCGGGGCCCGAGGACUCCGCAUUGCUCAUGUCGGAGGAGGAAUGCCCCAUCAAUCACUGCUGCGAUUUUGGCGAGAAGACUUAGAUCGACCGCUGGUGGUGGGUUACGGAGCGACCGAACUUGGUGGAAGGGGACUGAAGGUCCCUCCUAAUGUCAAUAUCCAGGUCUGCACCCCUCCCCUCGCCACUACUACUGCUUUUUUCGUCUAA